GGAAACUCGUGCUCGCUGCCGACGUCACUGCUGGUUAAAGGCUGAAAUUCGUCUUAGCUUACAUUUUUACGUUCGAGUGUCGCGUUAAUGCUACAGAUAUAACGUUGUCGCGGUCAUUAUUAUAAUAAUUAUUAUUUUUAGUAAACGUCUCAGUCUGUGGUCAGGUGAUGGACCUGCUGCCAGUGUUGGUGGUUCAUGGAGGGGCCGGCACGGUUCCCAGGGAGCGAUCAGAGCAGUCUGUGUCAGGGGUACGAUCAGCUGCUCGGGCAGGAUACGCCAUCCUGCGAGGAGGGGGCAGCAGCAUGGACGCAGUGGUGGAAGCAGUGGCACAUAUGGAAGAUAAUCCAUCUUACAACGCAGGCUGUGGCUCUGUGCUUAAUGUCAAAGGAGAAAUAGAAAUGGACGCCAUUGUGAUGGACGGGAAAGCUCUGGGAAGCGGCGCCGUCUCUGCUGUUCGCAACGUAGCUAAUCCUGUUCGUCUGGCGAGACUAGUUAUGGACAAGGUCGUAUUUUAUCCACCGUGUGGUCAAUGUGCCUUUGCCCAAGAAAUGGGCAUUUCUGAAGUUCCCCCAGAAUCCCUCGUCACGGAAUAUUCCCGUAUGCGUUGGAAGAAGAACCUGGAACCUGGUGCCAACCCUGUGGAGUCCCAAAUGGGCAAGAUGGGCACCGUCGGUGCCGUGGCGGUGGACAGAGAGGGUAACGUCGCCUGUGCAACCUCCACCGGUGGAAUGCUGAACAAGAUGGAGGGUCGAGUGGGCGACACGCCCUGCAUAGGUUCUGGUGGUUACGCUGACAAUCAGGUGGGGGCGGUUUCGACAACAGGCCACGGAGAAGUCAUCAUGAAGGUCACUCUGGCCAGACUCAUCCUGUUCCACAUGGAACAAGGUCACACUGUAGAAGAAGCCAGUGACAUGGGCCUGGCCUACAUGAAGUCCAGGGUGGAUGGGCUGGGUGGGGUGGUGACAGUCGGCCCACAGGGCAACUGGGCCGCUCGGUUCUCCAGCCUCCAGAUGGCGUGGGCUGCGGCCCAGAAGGAUAGUUUGCACUACGGACUUUAUGCAGGGGAACAUUUCACUCAGAGCAUUGAUGAUCCACACUGACACCAGAAAUGUAGAGUUUUGAGCUGAGUUGAUUUAGAAAUGGACAAAUCAAAUGAAUCGAUGAGGCCCAAUAAAUUCUGAAUUAGUUGAUUGACUUCUGAUUGACAGCCUUUGAAGCACUGAUUAAAACUUGGUGGUGUUUCAGUGGACCUAUAAAAUCUGCAAGUCGAUGUGAAAAAAACUUGCUACGAUUAGAUGUAUUUCCGUUGUAAUCCCACCAGAUGGUGCUGUUCCAAUACAAAUUGUGGAAGCAGAGAUAAAGGUGAAGGCUUAAGUUUAGUUUAGUUCUGUCUGUGAAAAAGUUACCAGCAGGUUAGAUUGAAAGACGUCAUAAACUGUUAAAAGAACACUGUUUCAGUAAAACAUUUUUAACAAAAUCAAUCAAUAUUUGACUCUUUAAAAAUUACUUUACUGCACUGUAAUGAAAGGGUUGUGUUUUUAUUUUAUUCUCCAGCUUGUUUCUCAGGUCUUUAUUUAUAUUUUUAUAUAUUUUUUGUUGUUGUUGAUGAUUUGGGGAUUUUUAAAGCCUCAUAACAUCCUCCCAAAUGCCAACACCUUUGGCUACUGCAAAAAAUUCCUGUAUAAGUCCUGGAAGGUUCCUUGAUAUCUCUGGUCUCGUCUAAUGUUAACUUUCUUUUUAAUCUCUGUCAGGCUAUUUUUUGAAUAACAUCAGCCAACAUUGUAUGCUAGGUUCAGCUAUCUUGGCUAAGGUAAAACUGUUCUCUAUUAUAUAUUUUAUAUAUUUUAUUGAUAAUGACGAUAAUGAUUGAUGUCUAGUAUUUAGUACUUAUUUACUUUAGUACUUGUUUCAUCUGUUUUGCUUGAGCGAGGCCUGAGUUUUCUGCUAACCGUCUGAUGUUCGGCUGUUUCUUGGUGAACUCCUGUUUCUUUCUUUCUUUCUUUCCUUUUUGUUAAUUCCACCAGAUCAGUGAAAUCUGAGCCAUAGACCUGAUCUCACACUCCACUGGUGACUGCUCUGUUGUGUUUGCAUUUUCUUGUAUACAAAACACACACUGAAACAGACAUAAACACAUCAACUUCGAA